CCUUCCCUAACCUCCUACCAUUCUUGUCAAUCUCUCCCUCCCCCCCUUCUCCAUAGAUCUGGAUUCUGUCUCAUCUUCGGUUCAGAUGGCAGGAGAGCAGGCCCUUCUCUCCACUGAGAUAGUCAACCGCGGGGUCGAGUCAUCAGGCCCCGACGCCGGUUCCCUGACCUUCUCAGUCCGAGUUCGUCGCCGGCUUCCGGACUUCGUUCAGUCGGUAAACCUCAAGUACGUGAAGUUGGGAUACCACUAUCUCAUCAACCACGCUGUUUACUUUGCCACCAUACCCGUGUUAGUGUUGCUGUUGAGUGCUCAAGUGGGGAGUCUAAGUAGGGAAGAACUGUGGAGGAAGCUAUGGGAGGAGACCUCCUACGACCUCGCCACCGUCCUCGCUUUCCUUGGUGUCUUGGUGUUCACCGUCUCCCUUUACUUCAUGUCCAGGCCUAGGCCCAUCUACCUCGUCGAUUUUGCUUGUUACAAGCCCUCCGACGAUCUCAAGGUAUCGAAGCAGGACUUCAUAGAGCUAGCUCGUAAAUCCGGGAAAUUCGACGAGGCAAGCCUGGAAUUCCAGAGCCAGAUCUUGAAAAACUCGGGCAUGGGUGACGAGACCUACAUCCCCAAGGCGGUGAUGCAACCCGAGAACUGCGCCACCAUGAAGGAAGGACGUGCUGAAGCCGCGACGGUGAUAUUCGGGGCCAUGGACGAAUUGUUCGACAAGUGCAGAAUCCGACCGAAGGACGUGGGUGUGCUAGUGGUGAACUGCAGCCUCUUCAACCCAACACCGUCGUUGUCAGCCAUGAUCAUAAAUCACUACAAGAUGAGGGGCAACAUACUGAGCUUCAACCUGGGCGGGAUGGGGUGCAGCGCGGGGAUCAUAGCGCUGGACUUGGCACGGGACAUGUUGCAGGCCAACUCCAAUUGCUACGCCGUCGUGGUGAGCACUGAGAUGGUGACGUUCAAUUGGUACCCUGGGAGGAGACGCUCCAUGCUCAUCCCCAAUUGUUUCUUCCGUAUGGGUUGCUCGGCCGUGCUGCUGUCCAACCGGAGGCGCGAUUUUAGACGGGCCAAAUAUAGCCUUGAACACAUCGUCAGGACUCACAAGGGCGCUGAUGACCGAAGCUUCAGGGCUGUAUAUCAAGAGGAAGAUGAACAAAAGUUCAAGGGGCUAUCCAUCAGUCGAGAUCUUUUAGAAGUAGGAGGUGACGCCCUGAAGACGAACAUCACCACCCUCGGCCCACUCGUUCUUCCCUUCUCCGAGCAACUGCUCUUCUUCGGCACACUGAUUUGGAGACAAGUGUUCGGUGGCUCAAAGGCAUCCAAACCAUACAUUCCUGAUUACAAGCUGGCUUUCGAGCAUUUUUGCAUAAUGGCAGCUAGUAAGAAUGUGCUAGAUGAGCUACAACGGAAUCUAGAGCUCAGCGAUGACAACAUGGAAGCCUCUCGAAUGACAUUGCACCGAUUCGGAAAUACCUCUAGCAGCAGUAUAUGGUACGAGCUGGCCUAUAUGGAAGCAAAGGAGAAGGUCAGGCGCGGUGACCGUGUGUGGCAGCUUGCAUUUGGAUCUGGAUUCAAGUGCAACAGUGUUGUGUGGCGAUCACUUCGCCGGGUCAGGAAGACCAAUAGGAACCCAUGGUUCGACUGCAUCGAUCGCUACCCGGUUGCUCUCUGAACUCUAUUCUAAGCCUGGUUCACCCUGGCCUUCUUUUAGCUGGUGGGACUUUAAAGUUUAAUUAAACUUAAUUAGUAAUAUUUAUAUAUAUUUGUCUCUGGAUUUUGUUGUUAAUUAUUAUUGUUUCUAAUGUUUAGAGUAUAUUUAUUGGGUGUUGACUUUACAAUUAAGUGUAUAAUUUGGGAAAUGACGCUCAAAGGAAAAUGGGGCUGUCGUUUCCACUGGGAAAUUAGACCAAACAAAAACAUUGAUUUCUGUUUCAUCACUCAAGGAAGUCGCUGACUUUUUUUUUUCGGUUUGAUUGAACUCGUUGAAAAAUAUUCAGUGAUUUAAUACUGUUUCUCCUCA